CAUGGCGUGGAAGGACCCGGUCGAGAGGUUCCUGGAGCUCCUGCGACUGCGCACCGUGAGCUCCGAGGGGCCCAACGGCAGCUACAACGAGUGUGCGGAAUGGCUGCUGGGUCUCCCCGUGCAAGUUUUCUCGCCGGUGGAGAACAAACCGGUAGUUCUGGCGACCUGGAAGGGUGAAGACCCGACACUUCCGGGGAUUAUCCUGAACUCGCACUAUGAUGUGGUGCCGGCGAUGCCCGAGCACUGGCAGUUUGAUCCAUUCGAAGCGAAAGUUCUGGAUGACGGUCGCAUUUACGGUCGUGGCACGCAGGACAUGAAGAGUGUCUGCAUUCAGUACGUGGAAGCAGUGCACACGCUCAAGUCGUCGGGAUUCAAGCCCAAGCGCAACAUUUACCUGCUCUUCGUUCCGGAUGAAGAGAUUGGCGGCGCUGAGGGAAUGGGGAACUUUCUGGAGAGCGAGCAGUUCAAGGCCAUUAUGCCUGUUGCUUUCGCGUUUGACGAGGGACUGGCCAACCCUGGCGACGUGUUCACUGUAUUCUACGGUGAGCGGUCUCCGUGGUGGGUGUACGUCAAAGCUGAAGGUCCGACGGGUCAUGGCAGCAGGUUCAUCAAGAACACGGCCACCUCAAAGAUCAUCGACAUCUGCAACAAGGCACUCGCGUUCCGUGACGAGCAGGAGAAGCAGCUUGGUGCUGAUUGCGGCUGCAAGCACGGCGACAUGAAGAAGAAAAAGCUGGGCGACGUGACGACUGUCAAUAUCACGGCGCUGCAGAGCGGGGUCUCGCAAGACGGGGGCAAGACUCAUGCACUCAAUGUGAUUCCAACGGAAGCCAUCGCCGGUUUUGACAUUCGGGUUUCGCCUGGAAUGGAUCUGAAGGCGAUGAAGGCGAAGCUGGACAAAUGGUGCGCUGCCGAGGGCGUUUCGUGGGAGUUUGCGCCGUGGACGAGCCCAAUGCACGAGCACUACGUCACCUCUCUGGACGCCGACAACGUGUGGUGGCAACUUUUCCAGAAAGCAUGCGCCGGCAUUGGCGAAAAGCUGGAGACGGAGAUUUUUCCAGCGGCUACGGACAGUCGCUUUCUGCGCAAGGUGGGCGUCCCAGUAAUUGGAUUCUCGCCCAUGAAGCGAACCGAGAUUCUGCUGCACGAGCACAAUGAGGGUCUGGCGAAGGAUACUUUCCUGCACGGCAUCAGCGUUUACGUAUCAUUCGUCAAGGAUAACUUGAGCCCCACUGGCCGCUCGCUGCGAAAGAGAGAAACCGGCGAAGAGGACGAGGAGAGAGCUCUUGGCUUGGAGAAGGUCCCGUCCGUGCUGGAAAGCGUGUCCUCCCUAUCGAAGAAGCUGCCUCCACUGAUCAAGAGAUUCGACAACAAGUUCGGACGUUUGUCCCAAUACAACGUUUGGAUUUUCACGAACAAAGUCCGGAGUGGGUGA